UAAAGGAGGAAGUAGACGAAGAAGAAGAAGCGGAAAAAGAAGAGGAAGCUGGUCAGUCGCUUGUCUUUUCUCCAAAAAGAAAAUGGACACGCGGUUCACUCGGGGGAAAUCCAACAUCCUGGAGCGCCCCCUGACCCGCCCCAAGACUGAGGUCAGUGUGAGUGCUUUUGCCCUGCUGUUCUCAGAGAUGGUCCAGUACUGUCAGAGCCGUGUGUACUCUGUGUCGGAGCUGCAGACUCGCCUGGCGGACAUGGGCCAGAGUGUGGGAGCCAGCAUGCUGGACGUGCUGGUGCUGAGAGAGAAGAACGGGAAGAGGGAGACCAAAGUGCUGAAUAUGCUGCUCUUCAUCAAGGUGAAUGUGUGGAAGUCUUUGUUCGGGAAGGAGGCCGACAAGCUGGAGCAGGCCAACGAUGAUGACAAGACCUAUUACAUCAUAGAAAAGGAGCCGCUUAUCAACGCGUACAUCUCUGUGCCCAAGGAGAACAGCAGCUUGAACUGCGCUGCCUUCACCGCGGGCAUCGUGGAGGCCAUCCUCACACACAGCGGCUUCCCCGCCAAGGUCACCGCCCACUGGCACAAAGGCACCACGCUGAUGAUAAAGUUUAACGAGUCAGUCAUAGCCAGGGACAAAGCUCUGGAUGGCAGAUAAAAGACUGGAGAGAUGUUUAUCGAUACAGGAUGAAUGAAAUCAUCCGGGUCCAGACUGGUGUUUGUUCCUGACUGAAUUUCCUUGUGGUAACUUGCAGGAUGGAGGGAUGACGGCAGCGUACUGAGCCACGUUUAGAGCAGAAACCUGUGUGGCUCCAUGUUUUUAUGGAUCAUCUCACUCCUGUUAGUCCUCAUGAAGUGUCACAAAGUUGUUUACUGAAGAUCACUUUUAAUUUGUGGUUUCACGUCACAGAUCAUCCAUCAUUUUGGUGUUUUCAACAGUACUCCUCUGACUUCUAAAGCUCCAGUGUGUCGUUUAUAGUUUAUAAUCACUUGAAAAUAAGAUUUGUUUUUGUUAUUUUAGAAUGAGCCAUUUGUAUCUACAUACAGAGUGGGUGCUAUUCCUGAACUGACAAACCAAACACUGUCUCUACAUAGGGCCAUUCAUGUUUUCUCAUCAGCCACUGUAGUUCUACAUGCUUGGGGAGAAGUUUCAGUUGGCUGCAGUCUGCAUUCUCACCACUAGAUGGCACUAAAUCCCACACACUGGACCUUUUAAGUCCAGCAGGUCAACAUGUUUUAAUGAAAUAACCUUUAUUAAAUAAUGUCACCAGGCUUUGGGAAAGUGUGAUUGCACUUCUACACUAUUUCUAGACUUCAAGAUUAAAAAGAAAAUGAAUCAGUUAGUCAACAGAUUAUUCAAGGAAUGAAAGUACUUGUGAUGACAGCCAUUGCCUCAUAGUGUGAAAGUGAAGUUGCCCUUUUAAUUAGAGCAUCCCUUGUUUCUAUGAUGUCAAUAAACAUAGUGUCACAACACCACUUUUAAUGCAACGCAGUGUUUUCUUUUACAGAGAGAGGUCCAGACUGUGAGAUUAUUUCUUAAAGGUUUUUUUUCUCUGUUUCAUUCCAGCUGCAUGUUUCAUCUCUGUAAAAUAGAUUAUUAAUCAGGGCGGUAGCUACUGGUGAUGGCACUGAGGUCGUAUCCUGUGUGUCUUUGCACGUGUGUGACUUCGGGGGUUAUAGACAACAUAGUGGAGUUAGAAUUAUAAAAUGACAAACAGUGCUUAAACAUCGGCGCUGAUUCACAAAAGGAUUGCGCAUUUUUUGCAGCUGCUAAUCCAACACGUAUGGGACAAAAAUAAACUAUGUAUUCUCAAAGCACCUGCAAAGAAUCAAGUGCACCCCCUGACCUCAGUUUAUCUACAGUCUUGCUACGGCCCUGCUGAAUGUGUUUCAUAUGCUUAUUAUAACUGAUGGCACUGUUCAUUUCUCUGUUAAACUUAAAAAAAACUACUAAAAUAAAAAAAAAUGUGAAGUGGCACUUGA